AAAUACAUUGUGACGAUAUUGUUAUCAUACGAGUACCCGCUCAAUGAGCGCCUUAGAACCUUAUUACGGUUAGAGGCUUUGUUUAGUCGCUUUGCUUAUUUACAAGCACAGUUGCAACCUAUUGAACAUCAUUUUGCGCUACAAACCUUUUUUGAUAUCAUCGAGGUUUGCAAUCGUUCUGAUGUGCGUGGAGAAAUUCUUAAGGAGCUCGAAAGACAGCGUCAAACACUGUUGUCGAUGAGUGAAAAUCCCAAUAUUAAUCAAGAUCGUUUAAGACAAACACUGCUGCAAUUUGACGAGGUUUACGCCCCUUUGCAUCAACAAAAAGGCAAACUCGGACAACAUGCCAUCGAUAAUGAGUGGUUAGUCAAUGCCAAAAGUCGGAUUUUGAUCCCAGGAGGGACGUGUGAUUUUGAUUUGCCCCCCUAUCAUGCUUGGUUGCACCAUUCUUCUGACCGGCGACGCUCCGAUCUAUCCAGUUUUUUACAACCUUUUGAACAUGUACAGCAGGCCUUAAAAUUGGUGUUAAAAUUAUUGCGCCAAACAGGGGCCGUGAUGCAAGAGGUGGCUCAAGAUGGAUUAUACGAGCGGAAUUUGGCAGGCAGAGCCUAUCAUCUUGUGCAUGUGGACUUAAAGGAAGGUAAUAUUAUUCCUGAAAUUAGCGCGAAUAAAUAUGUGUUGAGAAUUCGUUUUAUGACGCAACCCGAUAUCAGAGAAAAACCACAGGUCGUUAAUUUUCCACUGCAUUUUGAGUUAAAAUUAUGUAUCCGUAUGCCUAACCCUCCCAUUGUGAAGUGUCCGACUUGUCAAAAGAAAGUGAUUUGGCAGCCUCAAAGUUUGUUUCGCCCAUUUUGCUCAGAACGUUGUAAAAACAUUGAUUUGGCCGCUUGGGCAAGCGGGGAUUAUACGAUCCCGGUUGUUGAAAUGGACGAUGUCAGUAUGCCAGACGAAGACGAUAGGGCUUUAGAUCAGCGGUGGCACUAG